AUGCAGUUAAAGAAGGCGCGUGCGGCCCUACUGAGCAAUUAUGAAGUGCUCAGCCUUUUAAACGAACAACAGAAUAUACAGAAAGCUCAACAGCUGGAAAACCCCAAUAUUGAAUACCCGGAACAUUUGCGUACCAUUCAAUUCGAGUUGACAGAAUAUCUCAACAAUGUCCCAUGCAGUACGCAAACACCCGCACAGAUUAAGCGAUUUCUCGAAGCUUUCCAAAAGUACGACUUAACACGAGCUGAACGUCUGCAAAUCUUGAAUUUACGACCCAAAAGCGCCGUAGAGAUCUACUUGUUGAUCGAAGAAUGUGAGGAACGAUUUAGCGAAGAGGAUUUGGAGGGGAUGUUGUUUCACAUUCUCGAAACGCUGCCACGCGACGAUGAUGUCGUGGAGGAAGAAGAUGUCGAGGGCGAGGAAAUGGAUGAAAGCUAG